AUGACGAAUCACCCACCCGAGACAGCGAUGGAACAAUUACAAGACAUGGAACUUGACGACCGUGGAUCCAAAGGCAGCCGCAGAUCGGGACCACCACAAGUUCCUCCCAAAGACCGUGACGAUCAACAGCUGGCCAAGGCCCGAGGAAACUCCCAAGUGGCGACUCAAGCGGUUGAAUAUGAGCCGGGCUCGGUCCAUCAAGUCACCUUUGUUCCGGCAGCUCGUAGGGGAGAGAACGAGCAACCUCACAACAAUGUGGUGCUGCAAAAGCACGCCAAUGCGGCGGACUAUCAGGCCAAGACGAUCCGCCAUCAGGAGGAUGAAAUCCGGAAGUUGAGAGACGAACUCAACGCAGCGAAGGCCAAGCCUCGAUCUAACGACAUUCGCCGCAUUGAAGACAGAGCCGCCACUGCAGAGGCCAAGCUGAAGUACGCCAACGAGGACAUCCACUACUGGAAGGCUCGCUUCGAGCAAUGUUCUCAUGAUGCCACGGCGAGCUUGAAAGACAUGGACCAGGAGAAGCAGAGGCUGCAACGGGACCUCGAUCAAAGCGAGGCCAAUGUGCGCGCCCUUGUUGAGGCGGCCACGCGUAACAUGAGCAGCGGUCGCUGGAACCCGCCCCCCGACGACGACAUUCGGAAUGAGCUCAAUCGCCUGCACGGGAUGGUCCGUGACUGGGCGAGAGAUUGGGCCAUUGAUGGCUUGCCUGAGCACAGGACGCAGGACCCCGAAUACAUCUCGUUCAAGCAGGAUUACUUGGCCGAAUUCGUGUGGGCCAACGACAGAGGAAACCUACCUCCUGCCAUUGAAAGCCCAGCAGGCAAACUGAAGCAGCGGCUUCCCGACCUUCUCCUCACUGCGGCCCUUUCACACACCAUCCACGAGGCUUUCUUCUCAAAUGCCUUCUUCUGUGCGCCGCCAGAGUUCGUGGGUGCUUUGCGCAAGACCUACGAAGAGCUCAUAUUAGGUACGUGGGAAAUGACGGUAUCGUUCGUUGCUCACACAAGCCCAGCAAACCAACGCGAGGCCCAUCAAUGGCGCUGCACCUUCUGGCGCAUCAUGAACCCGCCCAGGUCUGGCAAAUCUGCAGCCAACGACGAAUCGGUGACGUUUAAACGUGUCCGGUCCUACUGCGACGAGCUGGCGAGAAGCUUCCGGCACAGUCCAGCAGAGAAGUUGCUGCGUCGUUGCUCAAGCGAGGAGUCCAAAACCCAGGCAAAGCAACUUCGCGAGAUCCUGAGGAAUGCUGCAGAGAUUGCGACCUUGCUGUGGACCCAGCCGGCGUACAUGGAAUGCCUGGGCCUGCAGGAGAUGCGACAUCGACAGACUGUAUUCGAUGUGGCAUCUCCGGUGAUGGAGGCUCACCGCCUCAGCAAGGUCGAUCCCGAAAACCCCAAGCACAAUGGACGCAAAAUCAUGGCAGUCAUCCAGCCCGCGCUUCUGGCAUUCGACGAGAACGAUCCGCUGGGUCUCGAUGGGGAUGGCUAUCGUGUGCUGUCGAGGGCGAACGUAUUGCUCGACGAGUUGAGCUCGCGCGGUUAG